AUGAUUCCACACAGCCACAUUCUCGUUGGUACAAGAAUUACCUCGUGCAUUUCGACCGGCAGAUACUGGCAGCCACCUUCCUGCCUAAUGAUUGAACACAUGAUGUGGAAAAAAAAAUCCAUUCUCGAAGCAAAAUCCAUGGUAAAUGGGGUUUGCAAGCAUGUAGAUGUUGGCUAUGGCUCUGAUGGGGUUCUACACACCCGGCCAACAAAACAGAGUCCUUGGCGAGCCGUUGGUUCACGACUUAACCCACCGAAUCGGGAAUACUGCUCGUUGAAUCCUCCAAUCAGCGAUUAA